AUUUGGUGGUCUUCUAAGACUCAUACUCGUUCGCUUGUUUGGCUUGAAUUGCAGAAAAGCUUCACGCUUUUCUCAAUCCUCGGCUUCAGCUUAAGAGACUAGGUCGUCAUCUAAAUUGCGUGCUUUUGAGAGGUCAAUGCGAUGUCAUUUUAUGCGCGAACGACAGAGAAACGUAAAUCUUACGAGGUGGACGAGCUAUACGAGGAUGACGAUAACAGAUUUAAAGUUGAAGUGGUUGAUAAUCGUGAGCGGGAGCGAAAACUGCGGCGGGAAAUUGCAAACUCAAACGAAAGACGACGUAUGCAAAGCAUUAACUCCGGUUUCCAAGCACUGAGAUUGCUGAUUCCACACAGCGAAGGCGAAAAACUAAGCAAGGCCGCGAUACUUCAACAAACAGCUGAGCAUAUUUUUGCUUUGGAGCAAGACAAGACCCGUCUUUUGCAACAGAACACGACUCUAAAGCGAAUAUUGAGCCAGUGCGAUCGAGAGGGAACGAACAGCUCGGAUCUGAAGAGAUCUCCGCCGAAAAAGUCUAAAAUUGAUCAAGAAGCACGUGCACAGGAACAUAGCAAGGACGAUGAAAACAACAACGUUUUACAAAGUGAUGAUUACGUCGAGGAAAUACAAAAGGAGCUCAUUGAACUAAGGUGCCAACUAGAACGUGAAAGGAGACUACGGAUCAGCGUGGAGGAGAAGAAGAGACAGCUCGAAUUAGAUCUAGCGGACGCUAGGUCGAAGUCAAACGACAAAUCGCCAAAAUCACUGACGACUUCUCGUCAAAAUUUGGAUACGAUCGUUCAGGCAAUCAAACAUUUAGAAGGGGACAAACCUGAACUUCUCGAAACCCCUACAAAGUGUAAAACUGAAGCUGUCACGAACGGCCCUUCUAGUGCGGAAAACGCUUCGAGAAGGCUCAUAGUUUGAAAUCUUGUUUGAAAGUUUACUCGGAUGUUGAACAGCCCGGGAACAGCUGAUUGGCGUGGCUGUAGUUGAUGUAUGCAAAUUUCCCAUGUUUGCGAAACCCAUGGAAUUCAUGCAUGAUAAUUUGUUUACAUAGAGAUUUGUAGAACACGUAUAAAUUACGUUUCUUUUCUUUACCCGUUCUCAUCCGCUUCGUAAGUGGCGUUGUGAAGUUUUUCAUUAGAUUCGAUCGGGAACUCAGAGCGUGCCGGAUUCACGAGUUUUCCGGAAAUCUAAAAUUUUACAGCAUGCCGAUUUCAAUGCGAUGUUGAUCAUCUUUUGCAAGGUUGGUAGGUGACGUCUUCAUGUGAAUAUGUAUAUAAUUUUUAGAAUCCAGUCAACACAUGUAGGUUUCCUGUGGGGUUAACUUUGCAUUGGUUAGGGGGGCUGAGUGGGGAGGGGGUUUCCUUUAGCAUUGCCUUACGUUAAAACUAGACAGUGAAUCGAGUAUUUCUCAGAACUGUGCUUGCAAGGUGUUUUGCCUCGAAGUUUGAAGACAUUUCAGAACUGAAAAACUUAUUGAAGAAUCAUCAAACUAAAAUUGCAUGUCUACUGCCUCAAAAAUAAAAAGGCUAGGAAAGAAAAAAAAAUAAUGACAAAACCACUUGGUGGUGGAAGAUUGAAAUUGUCGAAAAAGAUCUUUUUGUUAUUUGUUGUUUUGAUGAUGAGGAAAAAAUAAGAGAUUCAACCAUUGGCCUCUCAAUUUAAAAUCAUGAUCAAUAACAGAGACAAACCUUUAACUGAAGAGUGCAACAGUAAGACUGAUAUACUGCUAAUUCUUGCUAGGUAACAGUGUAUCAGUCAAACCUCACAAUCUUCAAUCAAUAGUACAGCUGUGCAAUUUAUAAAUCUAAAUCAGGAGACAAAUGAAUCCAUGUUGAUUUAUUAUUGAGGAUUGAUGUUGGCCAAACACUUUGCUAGCCUGAUAUUGUUGUUUUGCUUUUAUAUCACAAAAUAGCAAUUGUAGGUACCAUUUCUCUGAGAUAGCCUUUUUGAAUAGUGUCCUUUUUCCCCCUUUUUUCACAUUUUAGGCCCACCAGAACUAAUUUAUUUUAUUAUUAUUAUUUUAUUUUACUGCUGGCAGUUUCAUUUUACAGAAUUGGGCAAUAAUAUAAUUAACAGAAAUUAUUAUGUAUACAGCUUUUUAGAAAAUUCUUUUUCUAUGAAAACAUGGCCUCUGGUGCAGUAUUUAUAUGUUUGAUGGAAGAAGCACUUUGAUCCAAUGUGUAUAUUGCAUAAGAAUUUUUAAGUUUUCCCUUUGGAAGGAUGUUUUGAAGCCAUGAAAAUGUUUUAUUUUCACAUAUCAAUCAAGAACAGAUUCAAAAGUAGUUAGUCAAACUUUUAGGGCUCGUAAAACACCACAUGGUGACUGAUUUCCUGCAGUUGAGAAAAUAACCUUUUACACUCUAACAUCAAUAUUGAUAUUUUCUAUACUCUUCACAAUACAUUUACUUUGGUAUUGACAAGGAGAAUUUAUCCAACACCUUCACUACCAGAUCUCAUCAAUAAUUCUCCUCACUUUCUGCCAUACAACUCUUAUAAUGUUAGUUUGGAGAAUUAAAUAUUUGAUAUAUUAAUAAUCCCCUGUUGAUAUAUUUCUUUAUUCUCAUCACUCGUCUGAUUUAUAUUUUAUUGAUAUUGUAAAAAGUUGUAAAGAGAAAUUCUGACUUGGUCACUCACGGGAGUUAAAGGGUUAACAAUCAAAGCUUCUUUGGUUAGUGGUCAUUACACUUAUUGUCAUUAUCUUGAUGAACGAUUUAACAGUAUUACUGAAAAAAGAAAUUAGAUACUGGUUUCUCUUAGGGUUUAAAAGGUUAAAUGCUUGUUGCAUAGGCAGAAAAAUUGCAGCUAUUACAAUACUCUACUUCCCAUAUGCUUUGAAAAGUCAGAAGGGAUUCCUGAUUUGAUAUGUGUUGAUGAUUUCUUAAAACUUUAUAUAUUACAGUAUGAUAUGUACAUCUUGCAAUUAUUUUGUAAACAGCUGAAUAUUUAUAUGAUCUAACAAUUAAGUAUUUCUGCCUGUUAGCCAGUGUGUGAAAUGGAAUACAUCUGGAUGAUAAACACUGAUAUGUUUUUGUAAUUGAAGAAAAAUUCCUUACAAAAUCUUCUUGCAAUUAACUUUUAUAUGGUGUUUUUCACCUGUAAUCAUUCAUAGUUAUUGUAAUUACUGAGCAUCUGAAGGGUGUUGAGAGAAGCAUUUCUAAUAUUUAUAUGUCACAUGCCCUUAAAAAAA